AUGGAGCAUGGAUGUGCAGCCUGCACAGACACUCCAAACAUCAGAAUAAGCAAUCUGGACUACUGCAAUGCAUGCUUCGAAAGCCAAUUCCUCCGCAAGGUCUUCAGGUGCUUCAGGAAGCUCCGCUUUGGAAGCAGAGUGCUGCUCUAUCUGGAUGGAACGUCCUCGUCACUUGUAAUGGCACAUGCAAUCAGUAGGCUGAAGAACAGAAGCAUACACGGGUUCACUGUGAUGUCUAGGUGCUUUCUGCAGCACAGGGCCUUUCUUGAAGGCAUCGGCUUUUCCAAUCAGGUGGAUGCUGGAUCGGGACUCUGGAGCCUCGACGACAGCCACUGCGCCGGCAGGAUAAACCCACUUCCCAGGCAGGUCGUCGAAGCUGCACGGUCUUCGGGAUUUGACAUGGUUGUGUUUCAGGCGGAUGCAGAAACGGAGUCUGUAGUUGCCCUUAGAUCUGUGUGUAGAGGAUCGGGAGUGGAGGAAACGAUUGAGUCGUGCAUCUCAAAGAUCAGCGGACUCAGGGUCAGGAAUGCGCUUGGCAGGAUCAAGCGGAAGGAGGUGGGGUACUACCACUACAUCAAUAGGAAAGAGAUUCCCGGAAGUCUUCUGCUCUCCCCUAUGUCUGGCAUGGAGCUGAUUCUCUCUCGGUUUGUCGGCAGGAUGGAAAGCAGGAAUAGCCUUGUGCUGUUCAACAUCCUGAACACCGUUAAGAAAGUUGUGGCAGAUAGGGAUGGGAUUGAUACCUCAGACUGA